AUGGCCGAUCUGGAAGGGGACAGCGAGGUGAUCUGCUUUGGCAGGCUGCCCCACGACAAGCUAGUGCUCCUGGCCAGGCACGUGCUCUCGCAGGAGGGCCUGGUAGCAUCGGACAGAGAGGUGGAUGAGGCCUGCCGUGCGGCGGAGGGAGACGCCAGGUCCAUGCUGAACGUCCUGCAGAGCGGGCUGAAGGGCUCUACGGACAAGGCAGAGUCUAUGCUGGAGAGCGCCUGCCACCUGCUCUACCCUGACAAGCCGGUUUCCACGGGCGUGCUCUUUAAGGCGACCUCCGAGGACGUCCUUGGAACGACAUCUGCCUACUUUGAAAACUACCUGGACACCCCGGAGCUAGCUCCUGACGGUGCACAGCUUCUGUCUGCUGCGGACAUGGUCGAAGCACGGCUUUUCCAGAGGCAGGAUUGGGACCUGCUGCCUUACGUGGGGCUCAUAGGCUGCGCCUCGGCGUUGUCGAGGCCCGUGAUCAGCCAGAGGCCCUUGCCAAGGAGGCUUGGUAAGCGGUCCGAAGACACGGGCACGCGCAGUCUGGGCCGCGGGUCUACACGAAAUAAAGCAGCAUUCAUAAGCGUGAAACAGAAGCAAGAGUCCUCCCUGAGGCCGCAGCUGCUGCUGGAAGGACACGGCGAUGCCAGCUUGGAACGGCUGGCGUUCCUGGAGCACUGCUUGAGAAGCUUCCCAUCGGCGGUCGAGCGCAAGGAUCUGCAGCGGCUGCAGAGGGUCCCGUACAUGGUAGCCGAGAAGACUGACGGCGUUCGGUACCUUCUAGCAGUCGUCGGCGGCUCUGCAGCACUUGUUGGGAGGAACAUGGCAACUAUAGGUGUCAGCCUGGCAGGGGGCAAGCUCGAAGGUGACCUCCUGCUGGAUGGAGAGCUGGUCAGCAUGAAGAGGGACCCUACCAGCAGGCUCUUUGUAGUUUACGACGCCUUGAGAACCAGCCGGGGGCAGGUAGCGUCUCUCACCCUGCGGGGGCGCUUGGAGGCACUGACGCAAGAUUUCUUCGACAAGGCGCAGCAGGGCUGGACGCUGGUGCUCCCAAACCACCGGAAGGUGCCUGUGCAGCGGAAGGGGCUGGUUCCGUUUCAAGAGGGGUACGCGUACUCCCAGACAGUGGCCCCUGCACUGCCGUAUCAUUCGGAUGGUCUUGUCUUCACGCCAGUGGACGAGCCGAUCCGUUACGGCACCUGCCCCACGCUGUUUAAAUGGAAGGUUUUGGAAGCAAACACGGUCGACUUUCUGAUCGAUCAUAAUGGCAGCCACUAUACACUGUCUCUCGUGGACAGGGGCCGUGAAGUUGCGGUGGCGGAGACGUGUCUCGCCGAGGGAAGCAUCAUCAAAAUGAUCGUGGACAUGGACAUACAGCAGGGGAAGCGUCCGAUCUACGAGUGUGCUUGGGAUCCGAGGAGCAACACCUGGCAGCCGCGCAAGGCAAGGCGGGACAAGGCUCAGCCAAACAGCAUCAUGACAUUGAGAGCAACAAUCAAAAACCUGGAAGAAGAUGUCAGGCUCGAGGAUAUAUUCCCGAGAGUGUAA